UGAUGCAUGCAGAUGGAUGGAGAUUUAUCGACGCGUCGCGUUUAUCGUGCUGUUUAACGCGCGUCUCGCUUUGCUUAUGUGUCUGAAGAGUAAUGCGAGUAUGAACCUCACCGAUACAUAAACAUUCUCGACAUCUAUUUUGUUUUAGGAGGUUUUCUAUCGGUGUGAGAGGUAAUGUUACAUUCAGUUUUUCAGCACGAUUGACGCAUCCAGGAAGCAUUUGAUAUUCAUAACGCACGCGCAUCAUCCCUCUCUGUAUGGUAAAUCAUGUAUACUCCAGCGGCUGAUGCAGGUGUGACAGUGGUGGAGAAGGAUGCGACUUUAAGCAGCGCUUACUCGCCUGUGGACUACAUGAGCAUCACCAGCUUCCCUAGAUUACCAGAAGAUGAUACGCUCUCAUCAGACAACACCCUAAAAUCACGCAAAGAUGAUGAUAACUUCCUCAGUGAGCAGGACACAGACCCUGAUCUGUUCCUGAAGUCUGCCCGACUACAGCGGUUGCCCUCUUCAGCCUCCGAUUUGGCGAGUCAUAAUAUCUCACCGCUGAGAGAGACCACCAGAGACCCUCUGGCUCAAGACUGCGCAUGUACACGAGAUGGCCUUACCGUCAUUAUCACGGCCUGCCUAACCUUUGCCACAGGGGUCACUGUGGCCCUCAUUAUGCAGAUCUACUUUGGUGACCCACAGGUGUAUAAUCAGGCCGCAGUGGUGACGGAUGUGGCGCGCUGCACGUCUCUUGGCUUUGAUGUUCUGGGCAAACAAGGGUCCAGCGUUGAUGCUGCCAUAGCCGCCUCCCUCUGUCUAGGCAUCAUCCACCCCCACACAUCAGGCAUCGGCGGGGGUGGCGUGAUGCUCGUCCAUGACAUCCGUAAGAACGAGAGCCGUGUCAUUGAUUUUCGUGAGACCGCACCCUCUGCCAUUCACCAGGACUUGUUGUUAAAUGUUAAUCAAAAGUCAGGUCUGUUUGUGGCUGUUCCAGGCAUGCUCAGUGGGUUACAUCAAGCUCAUCAGCUAUAUGGAAGAAUGCCUUGGAAAGAUGUCAUCACCAUGGCUGCAGAUGUUGCAAGAAAUGGAUUUAAUAUUACACAUGAGCUGGCGGAUGCACUGUCUAAAGUGAAGGACCAGAAUGUGACUGAUGCAUUCAGAUAUCUGUUUCUGCCUAAUGGUCAAGCUCCACUAGCAGGGCAUUUCAGUAGACGCCUGGAUUUAGCUGCUGUUUUGGACAGGAUUGCAGCCAAUGGGAUCUCAGAGUUCUACAGUGGGAAUCUGACUCAGGAAAUGACAUCAGUGGUUCAAGUGAAAGGUGGCGUGCUUACAGAAGAGGAUUUCAGAAACUAUACUACUGUUCUACAAAAGCCACUUCAGAGUCUUUACCAGGGUCACCAGGUGUUUGCCGCUCCUCCACCUCACGCGGGAGCUGCCCUCCUCUCCACUCUGAACAUCCUGGAAGGGUUUAACAUCACAAACCAGAUGCCACGGAACAUAAUUUACCACUGGAUAGCUGAGUCUCUGAAAAUCGCAUUGUCUCAGGCAAGUGGAUUGGGAGACCCCAUGUUCAACUCAUCUGUCUCUGAAGUGCUGGAUCAAAUGCUCAGUAAAACACAGGCUGGUGUGUUCCGUCAAAUGAUUAAUGAUUCACACGCGUCUGCCGCUGAACACUACAUGUCGUCAUAUGAGCUGCAGGAGGGCACUGUUGCCAGCCAGGUCAUGAUCAUGGGCACUGAUGACUUGAUUGUAUCUGUUAUGAGCUCACUGAAUCGGCCCUUUGGAAGUGGUAUUGUGACGCCCUCCGGGAUUCUCUUGAACAGUCAGAUUCUGGACUUCUCUUGGCCAAAUAAAGCUCCCGGCUCAGCGCCAUUCAAUCCGCGUAACAGCAUUGAACCCGGGAAGAGGCCCGCCUCCUUCCUGUCGCCAAUCGCAUUGAGGCCGUCUAUAGGGCUGUGUGGGACCUACAUCGCUCUGGGAUCCUCUAAUGGUGACCGGGCAAUUAGUGGCAUCACACAGGUUUUGAUUAAUGUUCUAUCAUCACGCAAAAAUAUGAGUGACAGUGUUUCGUAUGGCAGACUCCAUCCUCUCAUCCAAACUAACACUCUCCUGGUGGACUCUAAGUUUCUUGAGGUGGAUGUGGAGUUUCUCCUACUGAAGGGCCACAAGGUGCAGAAAGUGGACGUCAUCUCACUGGUUGAAGGAACGAGGAGAACCAAUGACCUGAUCAUAGGUGUGAAGGACCCAAGAAGUGCUGAUGCAUCUGCAUUGUCCAUGUCCAUGCCCUAGAGUUCAACAUGACUUUCCCCGCUCUGUGCUGUGUGUAGACCGCUGUGGGUCAGUCUUAGAUAUUGUAUGUGCACCAAACAGGGGAGUUAAGAGGUUUUAAUAUAAGCAGAGAGCAGUAAGGGAAGAAUGAAGUGUAGAAAAACAACUAAAGAUGUUGGAUAUGUUGGGUCCAUGUCUGCUAGUUGGAAAUGAUGCACCCUCUAUCCCUGCUUCAAACACAGUUGGCAUGCACGCACACAAUGGUAACUGCUUGUAAAAGGCAAUAUGAUAUCAGUAUGUUUUUCAUGAUUUAGCUGAAGAAUUUGAAAACCACAAUGGCAUACAUAGGCAUAUGUUAACACACAGGACAAAAAAAUGGCAAGUCCAAUUUUUACAUAAUUUGAGCACUUGUUAACUGCUUCUAUGUGUACACUACCAGUCUACAGUCUAAACACACCUACACAUUGUUAGUAUUUUUCGCAACUAUGAAAUAGCACAAAAAAUUAUGAUAAUAUUGCAUAUAAUAUAAUCAUUUUUAUUUAUAUAGCAGCUUUCCAAAGGUCAGGGACACUUUAAAAUCAAUGAGUCAAAGCAGAAAUCAAACAUGGGGGAAAAAGAGAGACUCUAUACAAAGAAACAGUGAAAUGAAAAAAGAAAACGAGCAAAUUAAUUGUGCACAGUAAGACGAGCAACAGGCAGAAGUAUUAAAGAAUAAUAUCAGAAAGAUAAGGGCAUGGUUCAUGACAUGUAAAGGGGGAGGUGUUCGAAGUUGAUGGAGGGAUCAGUUGUAACACCUAGGUUAUGGACAGUCUUGGCGUGUUUCACAAAAACUCCUAUCAAUGUCGAUGAAGAAAUCAGAGUAAUUGGAAUUUAGAGUUUGAAGUCCAUCAUUAUUUAUGCAUUGGUAUGGUUUAUUUUUUAGAAAAUUUGAGUUCAUCCACUCCUUAAUAUCAAUGAUACAUACUUCUAGUGAGUGGGUGCCAAGAAAAAUCUAUGUAACUGUGAUAACAAAGACCAUUACGACAAAUUAUAUGAAUUAAAUACAGAUAGAUGAAGAGAAGAGGGCCGAAGACAGAACCUUGUGGGACACCUUGUGAAAAGUACUGCAUAUACCAAUAGAUGCAGAGCUGACAUAUAGAAGUACAUGGGAAUUACUGUAUGUAGUGACCAAAAAAAUGUUCACACCUUUGCACACUAGACAUUCUCUCAAGCAACUUCAUGAGGUGCUUCCUGAGAUGUUUUUUUAAAAAGUACUGAAGGAGUUCACAUGUAUGCUGGAAACUUAUUGGCUACUUUUCCAUCACUAUCUAGCUCAAAUGCAACUUGAAAAGAAAAAAGUGGUUUUGUAAAGAAAUUCCUAAUACUAAUUUUAAGCAUUUAAGUGUAAGCCUUUAAAAUGAUUAAAAUGUCAUAAAAGGAAUGUUCUGGGUUCAAACAAGUAAGCACAAUUGACAGCAUUUGUGGCAUAAGGGACGAGGGAGGAGAUUACUACAAAAAAUGAUUGUUUAUUUAAAAAAGCUAAAUUUGCGGUUACAGUAAAGCACAAUGGACGUGAAUGGAGCCAGUCUGUAAACAUUACAAUACACUGUUUCAAAAGUAUAGCCACAAGUAUAUCACACUUAACACCAUGUAAAGGUAUAAUGCUUACAUCGUGUGGCUAUACUUUUGAAACAGUGUGUAUUUUAGUGUUUAUGGACUGGUCCCAUUGUAAGUGCCUUACUGAAACCACUAUUUUUGCUUCUUUCUUUUUUUCUUUUUUUAAAAUAAAUUUGGGACGAGUUUUUUUUUUUUUUAUUUAUGCAUUUGUAUUUAACCUGGAAUAAUCUUUUAAGACCAUGCAAAACAUAAAUUCAGUCAAAUGUGUACAAACUUUUAAUUUGAAGUGUAUGUUUUAGUAUGUCUUUUUACUACCAUAAUUACUAAUACCUUGAGGAUUGGGUAGCUUAUUGCUCAUUCCAGGGUACUAAGGAUUCAUAUCUUAAAUGUGAGGACUUACCUUCACAAAUAAGGGUAAAUGUUGCAAUAAUGUUGAAUGAAGGUGAAGCUACCAUGAAAGCCAUGUGUGAUUAUUAAUUCUACAGUGACAAGGGUAAAUGCCCCCCUUUACAAAUAUAAGACAUUACAUAUUAUUUAUUGAUUUUUUUUUUUUUUUUUUUGAGGGUUUGGCUAUUAUGUUAAGAAAAUGGUCAUUAUUGUCUUAUGAGCAAAUCAAGACUUCUAGAAUUAAGGAAAUGUUUAAAUGAAAAGUAGCUGAGCAAAUGUACAAACGUCAAUGUCAGGUGUAAAAUAUGAAUAAAGUAAGAUGGAUUUGCUUAUAAUUACAUGUCAUACAUCUUCACAUGCAUUUAAAAGAAUGGUAUUGUUAUUUGCUCCAGUACAGAUAUUGUUUCUUAUUUUGAAUUGCUGAUGUAGUUUUGCUAUGUAAUGUAAAAUAGCAUACUUUCCAGAAGUAAUUUUGUUUCAUGUCUACUGGAUACUUUCACGUGGCAACAGUGAACUGAAUGUCUUGAUAGUAUGCUAUGCACAUGCUUUUCUUCUGAUUGCCAGUCAGUUAAAUAUUUUAAAGUGAUGUUAAUGCUUCCCAUUAAGGGGAAUUUUGUGUUUUAUGCUAGCUGAACGCUGUUGCUUGAUAUUGCACAGUAUCAGCAUCAGUGUUGUAUGUUUCAGCUUCUGCGAACAAGAAUAAAUGUAGUUUCAUUAUUUCAAAUUUGUGUACCAUGCAGGCAAAUCAACGUCUUGUAUUUUUAACUAGUUUAUGUCAUGAACAAUAAACAAAGAAGUGGA